AUGUCGCGAAAAACUCAAACCGGAUUUGUUCAAGCACAAUCGGAUAACUUACCUAAAGUAACAGUAUUAAUGGUCUCCGAUUUUUUUGCUCAAAGUGAAGUGUUCAACAUUGCAGAAACCCGUGGUGUAAAAGCUAAAAAAGCUGGAAAUGAAAAUUACGGAGAUUCAGCAAUUGGAUUUAUCGAAUUAAAUCGAGAAGGCUGCUUUUGUCACAUUCGAGGGAAAGUGUGUCCUGAGCAUAGAGUUAACAGCAAACCGUAUUCGGUAUCAAUGCUUGUUAACGAGGAAAAUGAAAGUGUCGAAUAUGUUAAAUGCGAUGACUGUGCAGCUUCAGCAGGGGAUUAUAAACAUGCUAUCGCAUUUCUGAUAUGGUUCAUCGUCGAAGUGAAGAGCCUGAACCGACUGCGACUGUGUGUUAUUGGAAGAAACCUCGUCUGGCACAAGUUGGAGCUAACGUGAGGAGCAUGAAAGUAAAAGGUUACCAUCAAAGCCUGUUCAAGUCCUUCCAAACAACAAUGGAUUUUUGCAAAUCAUUUUGCAAGAAAUGGAUAACAUAAAAUUCGACUGCCAACUCUCAAGACACUUCGUACAAUUCAAAUCAAACAGCAAAGAUCUAUCGGUGCAUACAUUAAUGUUGCGAUUUUAUAGUAUCACUACGUGUAAAGACGCAGAUUUUUAAACUUUGCAAGCAUCGAAAUGACUGUACAAUCAUACGAAGAAGUUGCGAAAAAUACGAUAGAUCAAAAUCAAUCCACAAUGUGGAAAAAAUUGAGAUAUGGAAGAAUAACAGCAUCUCGGAUUUAUGAAGUUGCACACUGUAAUAAACCGCAAGGUGCUUUAGUUGAACAAAUAAUUGGAGCUCUUAAAAUAAGAGACACUGAUGCGAUGGAAAGAGGAAGGUGCUUGGAACUGGAAGUAUUAAAAAAUUAGAAGAAAAUCUGCAAAAUCGAUUGUAUCGCACUGAAUUACUGUUAAAUCCUAAUUUUCCUAUAAUCGGCGCUUCUCCUGAUGCAGUAGGAGAAGAUUUUGUCGUGGAAGUAAAAUGCCCUGUAAGUUUGACAUCGGAGGAAAGAUAUAUUACAAAAGACCAGCGCAUAGGACUAAUUUUUUGCUCAAAUUCAAUUGCAAAUGUUCAUGAAAACAGUUAAAAAGGUUAUUUUGUAUGGCAAAACAUAAUUUUGAAACAUCGUAGGAAAUUAUUGUAACUUGCAUACAGUAUGAUGAAACGUUUGUGAAGGAAAUUAUACAAAAUGCUAUGACUUGGAAAAAAAAUAUUUUUCCUUUACUU